CGCAGCAUCUAGCCUCUCCAGAAACCCUAGCCUCCCUCCAAACCCUCGCCAUCAUCAGCGUUCAGCGGCGCGAGCGGCGGCGAGAGGGAGGAGGAGGAUGGGGCGGCCGUACGCGGUGAAGGGGCGGAAGAAGAAGCGGAAGCUCGACGACGGCGGUGCCUCCUCCCACGAGCCGCCGGUCGCGGCCAAAGAGGCGGAGGAGCUGCCGCCGCCGCAGCCGGAGCAGGAGGAGGGGGGGGAGCGGGAGGGAGACGAGGAGAAGGGGAAGGAGGAGGAGGACGAGGCGGCGGCGGAGGUGGCGGAUGGGCUACCUGUAGUGCCUCGGCCGGUGGACGGGAAGAGGCGGCCCGGCGCGAUCUUCGUGCUCGAGAGGGCCUGCCUCGAGGUUGGCAAAGUCGGCAAGACGAUGCAAAUCUUGAACUCGGAUGACCAUGCUAAUUAUUUGAGGAAGCAGAACCGCAAUCCAGCUGAUUACAGGCCCGAUAUCAUUCACCAGGCACUUCUUGCAAUAUUUGAUAGCCCUCUAACUAAAGCUGGUAGGUUGCAAGCUGUUUAUGUUAGGACUGAAAAGGGUGUAUUGUUUGAAAUCAAGCCGCAUGUCCGCAUGCCACGUACAUUUAAACGUUUCUGUGGUUUAAUGUCACAAUUAUUGCAAAAGUUGAGCAUUACAGCAGUUGGGAAGCGGGAGAAGCUUCUUAAUGUUAUUAAAAAUCCGGUCACCCGCUAUCUACCAGUUGGAGCACGGAAGAUUGGCCUUUCAUAUAGUGCUGAGAAGUCAGUCAAUUUGUUUGACUAUGUUGCCAAAUCCAGUGAUGAUGAACCCCUUGUGUUUGUGGUUGGUGCAAUGGCCCAUGGAAAGAUUGACAAGGAAUACUCAGAUGACUACAUACAAAUUUGCAACUAUCCACUCAGUGCUGCCUGCUGUUUAAAUCGAAUAUGCAGUGCUCUAGAGCAGAAGUGGAAAAUCCAGUGAGAGGAAAUUUUGAAUACAAACAGUGAAACUUUAUGUUAAAUUGUUGUGUACUGUUUGGUAUACAUUUUUGCGGCCCUCCCAUGUUGCAUCUGUUC